AUGGUUGAGCAGUUCAUCCUCUAUUGGAUAUUUCGACUCUGCUAUAAUGCAUUCUUCCAUCCACUCCGCAUUUAUCCCGGCCCGUGGUAUAGAGCGGCAAGUCGUUUGCCCUACACUAUCUCUAUUUUUCGAGGUGACGCUACGCACAAGGUCAAAGAGCUUCAUAACAAAUAUGGGCAGGUCGUGAGAAUAACGCCAGAUACAUUGUCUUAUACUUGCAGUCAGGCAUGGACAGAUAUUUACGGGAACAAACAAUCCAAUCAACGUGGAAACCUUCCAAAAGACCCGCUGUUCUAUAUUACACCGCCUGAAAGUUCCACUGCCAGCGACACUGACCAUCGACGGCUUAGGCGACUCCAAGCCCAUGCGUUCUCGGAGAGGGCACUCGUGCUACAAGAGUCGUAUUUACAAAAGUACACUGACCAGUUUAUAUCAUGUUUGGAAGUCCAAGCUAAUAAUCACGACGGCGUGGUUGAUCUGGUAAAAUGGCUCAAUUUCCUUACCACUGACCUGAUUGGCGAUCUAUCAUUCGGGGAAACAUUCGGUGGAUUGGACACAGGGAAGGUCCACCCUUGGCUUGAGACACUUUUUACAACGUUGAAGACCUUCACCUUUAUGCGUGAGAUUCUCCGUUUGCCCCCUUUCAUCAUAAAAGCUGCAAUGGCAUGCAUCCCAAAGGAGAUGAUGGAGCAUCGUCAAGGGGCAUUAGCGUUUGGUGCUGAGGCGGUUCACCGCAGGCUGGCGCGACAGACGGACAGGCCGGACUUCAUGUCUUAUAUCUUGAAGCACAACGGGGAAGAAGGGAAAGGAAUGUCACAAGCUGAGAUUGAAAUGGCUGCUAUAACAUUUAUUGUUGCUGGAAGCGAAACUACCGCAACAAUGAUCUCGGGCACAAUGUAUAUCCUCCUCCGCAGUCCCGCAGUUCUUUCUGAGCUGACAAACAGAAUUCGGUCCGAUUUCAAAGACAAAUCGGACUUUACAUUUGUUAAACUGCAGCAACACGAGUAUCUCAAUGCUGUCCUGAAGGAAGGUCUCAGGCUGUACCCCCCCGCACCGGAUACUCUUUUUCGUACGACGACAAAUAAGAGUGCCAUUGUAGCCGGAAAGAUCGUACCUGCACACACGAAAUUGACAAUGAAUCUCUGGGCUGCCAAUAGAGAUCCCAACAACUUUUAUAGACCACUUGAGCUCAUUCCCGAGCGUUGGAUGAAGGCCGCGCCGCCGGAGUUCCAUAAUGAUGAUAAAGCGGUUUUGAAACCGUUUAGUACCGGGCCUCGAGAUUGUAUCGGGAAAAAUCUCGCGUGGGCUGAAAUGCGUAUCAUCCUGGCUCGAUUAGUUUGGAACUUCGACUUCCUCGCAUUAGAAUCUGACAGUAAAAGGUGGAUAGAACAACAGAAGAUAUACAGUCUUUGGGAAAAGCUACCUUUGAAUGUCAAGAUCUCACGACGGAGUUUUGGUGCUUCAGCCUAG